AGGAACAGUCUCUGUCCAGCCAGAGGAACAACAGCAAUGAAUUCCAAGUAUCAGCAUGUUGGACUAAAUGAUGGCCAUGCGAUCCCACAACUGGGCUUCGGUACCUAUGUACCCAAAGAGAUUCCUAGAAGUAAGGUAUUUGAAGCCACCAAAAUAGCUAUAGAUGCUGGCUUCCGGCAUAUUGACACUGCAUAUGUGUACGAAGUGGAAGAGGAAGUAGGGAAGGCCAUUCGAAGCAAGAUUGAAGAGGGCACUGUGAAGAAAGAAGACAUAUUCCUCACCUCAAAGCUCUGGUGCACAUUCAAUCGACCAGAGCUAGUCCAGUCUUGUCUGGAAAGAUCACUGAAGAAACUACAGUUGGAUUAUGUGGAUCUCUACCUUAUUCAUUUACCAACUUCAUUGAAGCCCGGAGAAGAAGUCUUUCCGAAAGAUGAGCAUGGAAAAUUGAAAUUUGACACAGUGGAUCUCUGUGACACAUGGGAGGCCAUGGAGAAAUGUAAGGAUGCAGGAUUGACCAAGUCCAUUGGGGUAUCCAACUUUAAUCGCAGGCAACUGGAGAGGAUCCUGAACAAACCAGGGCUCAAGUACAAGCCUGUCUGCAACCAGGUGGAAUGUCAUCCUUAUCUCAACCAGAGCAUACUGUUGGAUUUCUGCAAGUCCAAGGACAUUGUCCUGGUUGCCCAUAGUGCUCUGGGAACUCAACGAGAGAAACAACGGGUAGACCCCAAUGCCCCAUUUCUUCUGAAGGACCCAGGUCUUGGGGCUGUGGCAAAAAAGCACAAUCGCAGUCCAGCUCAGAUUGCCCUUCGCUACCAGCUGCAACGUGGGGUUGUGACCCUGGCUCAGAGUUUAAUAGAAAAAGAGAUAAAAGAGAACAUACAGGCUUUUGAUUUCCAGUUGCCUUUAGAAGACAUGGCAGUCCUAGAAGGCCUGAACAGAAAUUUUCGAUAUCAUCCUGGUGUUGGAUUUGUUGACCACCCUAAUUUUCCAUUCUCUGAUGAGUAUUAACACGAAAGCUCUUUUCAAGAUCUUGCCUGAAGUUAUCUGGAGAUCGAUGGACAAUUUUCAAAUGCUGAUGAUUGGACCCAUCACUUGUCAAUUCAUCCUGCUUAGAAAUUCACACUCAGCUUAAACUAAAUCCACAAAUUUCGUAGAGAAGGCAUUGAAUUUGUUAUCAAACAAAUACGAGAUUUUUCCCAUAGAUCUAUGAUUAUCUCAA